AUGACACUGUGCAGGGUGUCCGCCGCGGUCAUCCAUCAGGUCGAAGAGGCACUUGACGAAGACGAGAAGGAGGUGCUUCUCUUUUUGUGCCGGGACGUUGCUGCAGAUGUCGCUCCACCUGAUGUCAGGGACCUUCUGGAUAUUUUAAGUGAGAGAGGUAAGCUGUCUGCCAUGGAUUUGGCUGAGCUGCUCUACAGAAUGAGGCGGUUUGACUUGCUCAAGCGGAUCUUGAAGAUGGACAGAGCAGCAGUGGAGACCCUUCUUCUCAGGCACCGUCACCUUGUUUCGGACUAUAGGGUGCUGUUGACAGAGAUUAGUGAAGAUUUGGACAAAGCUGACGUGUCCUCAUUAAUUUUCCUCAUGAGAGAUUACAUAGGCCGAGGCAAACUAGCCAAAGAUAAGAGUUUCCUGGAUCUUGUGGUUGAAUUGGAGAAACAAAACCUGGUUGCUCCAGAUCGAUUGGAUUUAUUAGAAACAUGCUUAAAGACCAUCCAUAGAAUAGACCUGAAGACAAAAAUCCAGAAAUACAAGCAGUCUGCUCAGGGAGCAGCAGGAACAAAUUAUGUAAAUGCUCUCCAGGCAUCUCUCCCAAACUUGACUCUCAAGGAAACUUCAUAUAACUUAGGGCUACAGAACAGAAGAAAUAAAGAACAAAGAAUCGUUGUGGAGCAACUUGGCAUUCAAAGAGAACCAGUGAAGACGUCCAUUCAAGAAUCAGGAGCGUUUUUGCCUCGGCACAUAUCUGAAGAAAGAUACAGGAUGCAGAGCAACCCUCUAGGAAUCUGCCUGAUAAUCGAUUGCAUUGGCAAUGACACAGGACUUCUUCAGAACACCUUCACAUCUUUGGGCUUUGAUGUCCAGGUCUUCUUGUAUCUCAGUGUGGACCAUAUCAUUCAGACUCUUCACCAAGUUGCCUGUAUGCCCCAACAUCAAAACUACGACAGCUUUGUGUGUGUCCUGGUGAGCCGAGGAAGCUCCCAUAGCGUGUUUGGCAUGGAUCAGACUCAUUCAGGUUUCCCUUUGGAUCAGAUCAGGAGGGUCUUCAUGGGAGAUUUGUGCCCUUCUCUCUUAGGGAAGCCAAAGCUCUUUUUUAUUCUGAACUAUGUGGUGUCAGAGGACCAGCAGGGGAACAGCAGCCUUCUGGAGGUGGAUGGGGCAGGGAUGAACAAUGUAGAGCCCAGAGAAAGACCGCCUGGGUCUUGCAUGGUCCACCGAGAAGCCGACUUCCUCUGGAGCCUGUGCAGAGCAGAUGCGGCCCUCCUGGAGCAGUCGCCCGGCUCCCCUUCAGUGUACCUGCAGUGCCUCUCCCAGAAACUAUGGCAAGAAAGAAAACGCCCACUCUUGGAUCUCCAUGUUGAACUCCACAGCAAAGUAUAUGAUUGGAACAGUAGAGUUUCUGCUAAGGAGAAGUACUCCAUCUGGCUGCAACACACGCUGAGAAAGAAACUCAUCCUCUCUUGCAAAUGA